UGUAUAUCUCUUUGGAAUUGUCUAGAUUCCCUUUUGAUCAAAUAGAUAAGCCACACUACUUUCACGUCUAUUAACUCUUCCAAAAUUCAAUAAAGUUUUCCCACAUCACCGAUGGCUGAUUGGGGACCCGUUGUAAUAGCAGUGGUUCUGUUUGUGCUAUUGAGCCCCGGGCUUCUAUUUCAACUCCCAGGAAAUAAUCGGGCAGUAGAAUUUGCAAACUUUCAGACAAGUGGACUCUCUAUUUUCAUACAUACCAUUCUCUUCUUUGGCCUCAUUACCAUCUUCCUUAUUGCCAUUGGUGUCCAUAUUUACACCGCUAAUUCAUUAACAGGUAAGUUCAAGUGAUCUGAAACGCUCUUGAACGCAUGAUAUGUAGUGGGCAGCCUUCAUAUCAACACUUUGGUCUCCAUAAGUAGUACCAUUACUCUUCGGUGGAAUGUAAUAUGAAACUUUUGGUUUUUGUGGAGGAGCGGCUUGAUCCUGGUUCACAAUAAAACUGGAUGAUGUAUUGAUGUUAUUUGGAUUGAAAGGAACAAGUUUUUCCUUUGGCUGAUGAUGAUGAAGAAGUUGAAGAUGAUAAACAGUACUUUGAGGAGGACUAUGGUCGUCUUUGAAGCUACUGUAAUAAUUAUUACUUUGCGAAGAUGGUACAUGAGUAGGUGCGGCUGAGCGGUACAAAGACUUCACCAGUUUCCCUUUCAUGAAACCUGUUCUGCGCUUGCGGUUCAACUCCAUUUAAUACACUAGUAUAUAUUUCUUGUGUUUUUGGGCAAAAGGCUUUUACAAGAUAUAUCUACUCUAGCGGGUAUAUAUAGGCAGUUUAACUAUGCACUAUACAAACAUAAUAACUAGUAUUAUCUAUGUACUAAUUGAGCAUGUGCAGUUUCAAUAUAAAUAUGAAGAUAAGACUCAUCUGCCUCCUCUUGA